AUGAUGGACAAUGCAUCCAUACUCACGAGUUCCACCCGCACCGUGUUCCCCCAAGGCCCCAGUUUCAGUCUCGAGGACUUCUCCAGCCGGGACUUCAUUGUCAAAGAGUUUAUAGAAGCCCUCUCCGAUACUGCUAUCUCGUCCCGCCGCUCAAUCGCCGGAACCGCCGGCGCUGCCAAUCAACCUUUCGACCCCAAACCCCUCAUUCGCACCUUCGAAGGCGCCCAACGCCGCCUGAGCGAGCUCUCCGGGGAUCUCGAGCUGCGCGAAAAUGAACUCUCAGCAGCUGUGCGACGCGCAGAAGCGCAACACGGCCAGAAUCUCACUACCCUCGGCCAAAAGCUCCGGCACACGAUCGAAAACUUCCAACAGCUGGACACGUCUCUCAAUGGGCCUGGCCGUGAGAAUCCAGGAGGGACAGGCAAUAUGGCAGUCGAGACUGGAAAGAAGCUAGAGGAGCUAGACCGACAACGGCGACGAGCUCUGGACGCCCAUUUCCUCAUUCAGUGUUGGGACGGGGUGUGCAAUCGAGGUGAGAUCUCGUUGCUGGAGGGGCUGCGCCGGUCUGGCACGGGAGAAGCCAAGGUGCGCUCCGCACACAUUGCGCGUCAACUGCUGCGCAUCAGUCAACGGCUGGAUCCACAGAGCUGGCAGGAACAUCGAUCUCGCUCGAAUGGCGGCUUUGGGGGUAGCUCCUCAUCUGAGGACCUCGGUGAGAGCAGCACACCGCGACGCAACACGCGAGAGAUUAUUGAGAAGUUCUCCGAGACGUUGGAGAAGGACCUACUAAAGCAAUUUGACGACUUCUACCGCAAGGCCAACUUCGACGGUAUGAGAGAUUGCGCGACUGUACUGCAAGAUUUCAGUGGGGGCGCAAGUGUUAUUGCAUUGUUUGUCAACCAACAUCAGUUCUUUAUCGAUCGCAGCCAGCUGGUGACGGAGGAAGUCGGUGGCGACCCGGAGUCAUGGGAGAAACUAGCUGAUCCAGAUGCGGAACUUCCUGGUGUUGAGUCUAGCCUUCAGUCAUUGAUUGAUGAGGUCAAAGUCGUGGUACAGGAGGAGUCUGCCAUCAUCCGGAGGGCUUUCCCUUACUACGAGCAAGUUCUCGGCAAGUUCCUACAACGAGUCUUCCAGCAGUCUAUUCAGCAGCGGCUAGAAAUGGUGCUAGAGAAAGCUGCUGGUGUAUCAUCGCUAGCAUUCCUGCGUUGUUUACAGAGUUCCCGUGGCUAUAUCAGUGCCUUGAUCGAAGAUUUGAAGUCACACGGUUUAACCGAGCAUCCGGAACCCGUUUCCUCUCAGACAGCCGUACUGCUUGACCAGCAGCUGGAAGAGCUCUUUGUCCCUUAUUUCGUGGGAUCUUCUUAUAUUGAACGUGAGAAGCGGACAUUAGAGGAACUUUUCAACGCCGUUCUGUUCAGGUUCACCUCCUAUCAUGCCCGCCGCAAGAAGGCGGCAACAACUUUCAUGGCCUCAUUAUCCCGUGCCGGAUCAGAACUCCUUUCGACGACCCGAGAUGCAUUCAUCAGCCGGUUGGACUCGCCAGAAAUGUCCCCAAUCCAGCGAAAAGUGCUGUUCAAUGUAGCCAAGAUUGGCGAUACAUUGGAGACUACGAGGUUAACCGAAAUCAAACUCACGGAAGAAGACGGACAGCCAAGUCUUAGCGACGCUAAGCGGAUGUUGAAGUGGCUGGCUGAAGCUGUAGGCCGGGGACUGGAGCUUAGUGUCAACAGUGACACACCCAAAGAUGUGUCGGCCCUCCUCAACCUACUUCUUCUCACGAUGGGAGAAGGAUACGUUGAUGUCUGUCUGGAUGCCGCUCUGGAAGUGGCUACGUCGCAAGAAACCGGCAAGGCCGAGCCCGACUUCUCUUACCUCUUCCCAUCUCGUACUACAAUCAGCAUUACCACUUUAAUGGUGAUGUGCAUUCAUGCAGUCCUUUUGCCUUUGUCCGCAGCAAGCAUCACGACUCGCCGGGAUAUGGAGAAGCGUACAAAUCAAGCCACCUCGCGCAUCGAGGACAAAAUCAACACUAUCGAACAGAAGACUAUUGACGGGACGUUGUCUUGGGUAAGCAGAUUGUUAUCUGGUCAGAAAAAGAAUGACUUCCGGCCGAGGGAAAGCGACAACACUGCUUGGCUAGAGAUGUUGCAAACCCCCACCUGUGCUUCGAUUACCUCAUUCUUGACCCGUCUCCACAACAUCGCUCGAACUUCACUCCCGUCUAGCGGUGCCAAUGUGCGCCAAGUCCUGACUGAGAUAGCGCUCGGAGUCCGUGGACUGCUACUUGAACACUUCAAACGCUUCUCCGUCAGCGGACCAGGUGGUCUCAUGGUCACCAAAGACAUGACUCAAUACGCAGACCUCUUCAAAUCCUGGGAUAUCGACGAGGAGACCAAGGGACCCGGUGGCGCGCUGGACGUGCUAUUGGAAGUCGGCAGUCUCUUCGUGAUUGGCGUCGAGGCUCUGCGUGAACGAAUCCGUGGCGGUGCUGCGAGCGGGACAUCAGGUGGCCCUGGUGGAUCUGCACGGAAUACUAGCCAGGAGGGCAAGUUGAGCGUGCAAGAGGUGCGGGCGUAUGUCUCACGCCGCGAGGACUCCAAUACCUUUGCUAUGCAGCAGGUUCUUAAUGCGCUGUGA